UGCAGACAAGCGCCUUGACGGCUAAGCCAUCCCUCCAGCCCAACUUGCAUCAUUUUAGAGAAUGCGAUACACACCUGGAUUACUACUCAGUGAUUAAUGGCUGAUCAGAAUGAUUGUAAGGAAGAGGAAGACAUACGUCUCUUUCUCCAAAGAGAAUAGAUAUGGAUUCCCUGUUGCCCUUCUGGCUGGUGCUUCCCUUCAUCCAUGAAAUGGGAUUGUGAAAAAAGACACUACUUGGGAUUCCUGCUCACCUUUUGCUGUGAGAAUGAUGGGCGACAACAAACCUUCAGACCACCCGCAAUCCAUGGAACUUCUCAAUAUCUGUUUGGGAGAAAAUCUUCAACAAUGCUCAGAAGCAAGCCCAGGAGAAACACAUGGCCAGCCAGGCCCUCCUAAACCUUGUCAGGAACGUACCUGGGCUUUUGAAACUCCUGUAUCCACCCAGCCUGAUGUUCCUCACACUGGCUCUGAUGUAGAGCCCACUCACCAGGGAAGCUGCUAUUUCCAGAGGGAGUACAGUCAUAUACCAGCCUUACCUGGGUCACUGGGGAAUAGCUGCCCUUUGGGGAGUCCACAGCAGAACCCAAGCUCAUCUACACAGGUGGUUUUCUGGGCUGGCAUCCUGCAGGCCCAGAUGUGUGUCCUGGAUCUGGAAGAGGAGUUGGAGAAGACAGAGGGGCUCAAGGCUGAACUGAGAUAUUGCCUCUCCCCACCUUCUAGGGACUUCCCUGGUGAUGUCAGCCAGAGCCCUAGCCCCCCUGAAGUUGAGGAGGACUCUGAGGAUGACAACAGUGGCCCUGAGGGGGAGAACCAGGCCUGGCCAAGGGAAGAAACUUUGGGCUGUUCCCCAGAGUGGGGUCCUGAGGAGGAGAGCAUCUUCUUUGACAAUCCCCUCUUUCUGGAGAGCCCCUGCUCAGACACCAGUGCUGUUGAGGAGUGCUUUUCCUGGGGUUUGUCAGACACUUACCCUGAUGUGAAGACCCGACCUGACAGCCUACAGGCCCAGAAAUCUCCACUCUCAGGAACCUCAAGGUUCUGGGAGCCAGACUUGGGGGUUGACAUAGCUCAUGAUAGUGGGCAUACCACUCCUCCUUUCCCUAUACCUUCCUAUAAGCCACACACUUGCUGGGCCUCAUGGGCCACUGAGGGGUCACCUAUAGCAUCUGCUGAGGAGGACAGUAAGGAACCACAGAUAUACCAGAGGAUCUCUGAACAAGCCCAACCCAUUCCUGAGGGCUGGCAGACAGAAGGUUCUACUUGGCCUCUGGAGUCUUUCAUCUCACAGAACAGAGGUGAGAGGGAUACUGGACAUCCCCAGGAACCUGCACCCUGCACCUUGGCCCCUAGCCUCUGUGGGAGUGUAGACUCUUCACUACAGCCUACUUGCCCAGAUCCUGAAGGCACAGGUGUUGGCCCUAGGUCCAGCCCUGUGUCCUUCCAGGACAGCCCACAGGUCCAGUGCCCCAGUUCCAGUCUUUUUCCCAAGGGACCACUAAAUGCUUCAUUCUCAUGGCUCAUGGAAGAGAAUGGAUCAGAGCCAAGUGACCUGAAGAAAGAGGAAACAGGUGAUUCCUCAAAUCCAAGGCAGGAGGCAAGGAAUGGAGGCACAGCCAGGACUGAAGAGAUUAUAGCUCUGCAGCCCCACAUCAAUUUGAGUUCUACAGAAGGGCUUCCAGAGAGUCCCAUGUUUCAAGUCCAAUCACCAGGGGAAGAACAAAAGCCAUCAGCUGGAGACAAAUUGGGUAAUGGCUUCAGGAAUGACAAGGAGGCCUGGAACCUAGCCUCCCGCCUCUAUCACCUGGAUGGUUUCCGGAAGUCUGAAGUGGCUGCUUACUUGCAGAAGAACAAUGACUUCAGCAGGGCUGUUGCUGAGGCGUACUUGUCCUUCUUCCAGUUUGGAGGCCAGAACCUGGACCAAGCCCUCCGAGGCUUUCUCCAGGCCCUAGUGCUCAGUGGGGAAACUCAGGAGCGGGAGCGAAUUCUCUACCAAUUCUCCAAACGCUACCAUUACUGCAAUCCUGGAGUCUUCCUCUCAGUAGACUCCAUACACACCUUGACCUGUGCGAUCAUGCUCCUUAACACUGACUUGCAUGGACAGAAUAUUGGGAAGAGCAUGUGCUGCCAAGAGUUCAUAACCAACCUGAAUGGCUUGCAAGAUGGCAAGAAUUUCCCAAAGCAGCUGCUGAAGGCUCUCUACUGGUCUAUCCGAAGUGAGAAGCUCGAGUGGGCUAUGGAUGAAGAGGAUGCAUCUAGACCUGAAAAGGCUAGGCCCUCUCCCACAACUGGCAAGAUGAACAGCCCCUUCCUCCAGCUGGCUAAGGACCAAACAAUACCCACCUACAAGCAGGGCAUCCUGGCUAGAAAGAUGCAUCAGGAUGCUGAUGGCAAGAAGACACUGUGGGGCAAGCGCGGUUGGAAGAUGUUUCACACCUUACUUCGAGGGAUGGUUCUCUACUUCCUGAAGGGAGAGGACCACUGCCUUGAGAUGGAGAGUUUGGUGGGACACAUGGUGGAUGAGCCUGUGGGGGUGCAUCACUCGUUGGCUAGCCCUGCCACCCACUACACGAAGAAGCCUCAUGUCUUCCAACUGCGGACUGCCGAUUGGCGCCUCUACCUCUUUCAGGCACCCACUGCUAAAGAGAUGGCUUCCUGGAUUGCACGCAUCAACCUGGCAGCAGCCAUGCACUCAGCGCCGCCCUUUCCUGCCGCCGUAGGCUCCCAGCGCCGAUUCGUGCGACCCAUCCUGCCCAUGAGCCCAGCCCACACCUCCCUGGAGGAGCAGCAUCGAUCCCACAAGAACUGCCUGGAUGCUGCCUGUGAUGACCUGCUGGACUUGCAGAGGAACUUACCUGAGCAUCGGGGCCGCAGCCGCGAGCUGGAGGAGUACCGUUUGCGGAAGGAGUACCUAGAGUAUGAGAAAAUGCGUUAUGAGACAUACGUGCAGCUGCUGGUGGCCCGUUUGCAUUGCUCCUGGGGAGACCUGGCUCAGUGGGAGGAGCAGCUGGGGAAGGAAGGUGAAGGCAUUCUGGAGCCCAAGCCCAGCCUGAAGAAGUACCACUCAAGCCCAUCCCUGCACCAAGAUGAGGCCCCCACCACAGCCAAGGUGAAGAGGAACAUCUCAGAGCGCAGAACCUACCGGAAAAUCAUCCCCAGGCGAAACUGCAAUCAACUGUGAAGCCAACAGCACCUCACAGACACUGGCCCCUUUUCUGAGGGGCCUUGUCUCACUGGCUUCAUGACAAAGAAUGAGGCACCCCCCCCUUCUCUGCUGAAGGACAUUCAUUCCCUUGUGGCUCCCAUUCCCUGACUCUAGAGCACCCUGCUAAGACUGCCACAUCUUCUCACCACUCCUUGUGACAGCCCCUCUGUUGCCCCUAUUCCUGGCUAUUCCUAGGUAAAGACAGAAGUUGGGCAAGGACUUGGCUCCAAUGCCAGAGUUCAUCCCAUGUCACCUCCAUCCCCCAGAAUUCAGAGCAUCCUUAUUUCCUGGACACAUGUGGGCCUGGUUUCUGGUUUGGUAGCUUUGAGUAGUGUAGCCAGGCAAACACAUCCCUGAGGAUGGUGCUCCUUAGAGAAUGAGGUGACUUUCCAGAAGAAACAAGCAGGAACUCUUAGGAAAGCCUAACCAGCAUCUUAUGACCCAGGGAGCAGGGUCACUCAGCCCCAUCCCCAGUGGGACAGCCUUCUGACAGGGACCUGGGCAGGUUUCAAGGGCUCAGCAAGGCUGUGAGUUCCAGGCCUCUGAUUGACUGUUUUGUCCUAUAAUAAGCCAUGCCCCCUAGCUGAUGAGAGGACCUCAUGCCCAACUGUAAAUCAGUACAUCAGAUCCUGUGGCCUGAGCCAGGACCAGUUGGGGUGAGAGCCUUCAGAGCUCUCUGGAAAACCCUGGAGUCCUGUGAACAAGGAACCUUUGUUCCUGAGAGCAAGGAAGGUGGUUCUCCAGAUACAUACCAUUGUAGAGUGCAGAGGGGUGGAAGGUAUUGACCAGCUCCUUUGGAGUCUGCCUAGCAGUGGAGGUGGAGGCUUUAUGUCCUUGGUUCUUGUUCAGAUUUAAGAGACUGCUGCAUGCAUCCCUUCCUCCAUACCUCUUAAAACUGCCUUUCUGAGGAUGUCAGGACCCCUUCCUUACUCACAGGACAGCUCCUGAUGCUUUGCUGCCCUCCCCUUGUCCUGCCCUCUGGUUGCCUUCCAGCUAGGACAGUUCUCUAGAGGAGGUUCUGGAGACUCAGGGACUUGGGGCUGUGCCUGUGGGAAGGAGGUUGGGCUGAGGGGAGCAGCCACCAUUGUCUCUGUUCAGCCAUGUGUGCCAGUAGGCUGCCAGCCAACCAGGGGCCUCGGCUGCCACCCCUACCAGCUGAUGCAUUGCCUUUCCUGCCUUCCUACUGGGCUCCCCUCCUCUCUUCUGGUGAUGUUUUAACAGCUCUGGAGGCCUGGAGCUCCAAACAGUGAGGCUAGUCUGUGGGAGCCACAUGGGGGUCUCUGGCCAGGACAUGGAACUGGACCAGCCACCCAAUGGAUAUACAAUAAAUACCAGUCAACAAAGGA